AUGGCGGUGUUGGGGAGUCAGGGGGUUACCUCUUUCCACGGGAAAUACCGUAUCCCACCGUGGGUGAAAGUUCCCGAAGACCUGAAAGAUCCAGAGGUGUUCCAGGUCCCGACGCGGCUGUUGGAAGCCAUCUUCGGCCGGGAAGGAUGUCGAAUCCCUUACAUCGAACAGGUGAGCAAGGCCAUGCUCAAGCUAAAGGCUCUGGAGUCUCCACACUUCACCAAGGUCGUGGUUUACGGCUCCUACAUAUAUAAGCUCCGGGCCAAGUGGAUGCUCCAGUCUGUGGCUGAGCGGCACUGCCAGCACCAGGAACGAGGGAUGCUCAAACUGGAGGAAACCAUGAAUGCCCUCGAACUGGGCCCUUGGAUGAAGCCAGCUUCCAGCCAGGAUGAAGGCCAGGAUGUAGAGAUUAGUUUGUGGCCAGAGCUGGAGUGA